GCCCCCCACCCCUCGGCGGUUGCCACGGAGACGGGGCUGUUUACCAGCUGGUCGCAGCCAGGCACAGGAGGCGGAUGGAGCUGAGCUGCGAGGGGUCCUGAGAAGCAAUGGCCACAGAAGCCCCUGUGAACCUCGCACCACCUGAACGUAGCACCGUGGUCAGUAUCUCAGUUGACAGCUUCAUCUGUCAGCCCAGCUCCCUCAGGAUGCAUGUCAUCAGGCCCAAGUCUGCCAAGGGCCGGAAGCGGCCAAAUCUGCACAGAACACAAGGCAGGGGCGAUGGCUCUCCCAGUGUACUGUCGGCUUCACCUCCGCCAUGUUCCUCCGGGUCGUCAAGCAGCCAGAAACUAGGGGCCUGUGUACCCACCUCUCCAUCUCAGGGAACCCCUGAUGAGAUGCCGGAGCUGCUGCCACAGGUGCUUGCCGGGGCUACCUCAUCUCUCAAUAAGUACCCAGUUCUCCCUUCCAUCAACAGAAGGAACCUGGAGGAUGGGGCUGUGGACACGGUGGCCAGAAAGGCCAGUUCUCUACAGCUGAGUAACGUCCAGGCCCUUUACCAGGAGGAGACCCACACCACUGUAAAGUCAAGCCAAGAAGAUUCCAGAACCCAAGUCUGUGCCUUAGAGAAGAAAUUCAUCAUCCGCACCAAGAGACAGAGUUCCUCUAGGGCCUCAAGCAUGGAGGAGCCAACAGACCAAGAGCCGAGGCUGCUGCUGGCUAUCAGGUCACCCUCAGGCCAAAGGUUCGUGCGCUACUUCAGGCCCAGUGAUGACCUACAGACUGUCCUUGCGGUGGCUGAGCAGAAAAACAAAGCCACCUACCAACACUGCAGCAUCGAAACGAUGGAUGUGCCCAGAAGACGUUUCUCUGACCUCACCAAGUCCCUGCAGGAGUGUGGUAUCCUCCAUAAAUCUGUGCUGGGCAUCUCCCAAGAGGAGGGGGAGGGGUGACCCUGAGCCCACAGUGCCAGGCUGGGGCCCCAGGCCUUCAAGCACACAGCCUGGUUUCAAGCACCACGUGAGCCCAGUGAAGCUCAGACCCUAAAUCUGUGGAGGCAGGGACACGUCUGUAUAUGGGCUGAGCCCCCUGGGAGGAAACUUCCUCCUUCUAGAAAUGUCCCUUCACCACGCACCGGAGCGCCUGCACACGUGCGGCGAAACCUGCGUCUCUCUCGAAGCCAACACUUUGCUUCUCUGUAUCUGACAUGAGAUUGAACUCUUCCCAGAGAGGAUUCUAGUCUAGUAAAUAACCAGGGUUCCGGAAUUAUGGAACUGACAUUGGUAUUUCUUGCAAUAUCAUAAGAAACAGGCUGUUGAUCACCUCUGUUUGGAAGCAGCCUCCUUCCUGAGCUGCAGAGCAGAGGUCCCUGGGGAUCCCUGUUGGUGUGAUGUGAUAGCAAAGGGAAGAGCCGUUUGUCACAAACCCCCAACACACACACACACACACACACACAGUUCUGAAACAUCCUAGAGCUAGCCUGAAUUAACUGCCUCUAUAGCCACAGGCUAGCCAAGGCUCCUUUUGAACGGACUGACUAGGUCGGCGCUUGUUGGUAGUGCCUGUCUACAGAAUUCUUCCCAAAUGGAGGUGAAAUGUUCUGUCCUCUGUUGUUUCUAAGACAUGACAGCUACAGGUCUGUACAGGUUUGUGCUGACAACCCCUUGGCCUACCCGGGCAUAGGUAAAUAUUUAUCCCCAGUCUCAGUGUCUUACCUUCUUCAAACAUGGAAGGGCUUUGGCGCAGCAUCAGCACAUCCUGGGGUCUGAUGUCAGGCCCUCCGUAGAAGGAAAGUGGCUCCUUGGGGUUUCUUUCCUGUGCUCCUAUUGAGACCACACUAUGCAGCUGGCUGACUGGCGUGGAGUGUCCCUGUCCCCCUCAGCCAGAGCUGUCACAAGCACUGUCGAGUCUUAUUCCCUGUGGAGAUACAGCUUAUUUGCCAAAAGUCCUCUCGCAUUGCAGGUUCGGCCAGACACCCACAGCUCAUCUGCAUCCCUUUGUGGCCAAAUCCCCAGUUGGGAGUCAGGAAUAUGGAGACCUUGUGGGUACCUUGUCCCCCUUAGAGCACAGUCACCACAGGCUAGUACCUAUCCCCACGCCCUCAGUACACAGACAAGGCAGGGUUUGGGUGUUCUUGGAGCAUCCUCGGAACAGGGACAUCUUGCCCCUGGACAGCACAAGUGGUUAGAGACGUUCCUUCUGGCGCCCUGCCCCUUGGUGACAGUGACGGUUACCCUGAGCAGGCUGGCUUCUCCUCCCAAAGUCACCUCCAGCGCCACACAGAUCACUCUAGACUAGGACAUGCCAGUCCAUUUGCCAGCUCUCCCAUCCUGCCUAGGUUAGUGGCUCCUUGGAUGGGAAAGGUCAGCCGAGACCGGCUUCGAUGCAGGCGGUCACCUCAUAUGCUCAAUGACCAUGGCAGGAGGGGCCGGUGCCUUGCGCUUGGACUCCCCCAGUACAGGUAUUUCACUUCCCCGCCAAGUGCACAACUCUGCCUCUGAGCUAGGAGCCUAUAAAAAUCACACCUACUCUAUGGUAAGAAUAAAAUUCCACCCACCUGCAGCUUGGUGAUUCCAAGCUUUGGAUUGUGCCAGUGAGAGAAAUGUAACAAGCUGGAUGGAAUUGGAGACUCCUGGCUGUGGGGCUUUGUUGCUGCUAUUUGGCUUUGAAUUUUGGGGUGGUGGGGAAAUAAGGGGAGCAUGAAGCAUAGGAGUAUUUUAGGAUCUUUUAGGAGACAUGAUUAAAGCUAGAUUUGAGCCAUCACAAUAAUCUUUUUUCUCUUUUUGAACAAAAGAUAAUGAUAUGAACAA